CGCAGUGGUACAGUCCAGAUGACAGCUGGACUCAGCUAGCUUUAGCAGCAGCAGCAGCUUCAGUUUCCUCAGACACUGAAACCGUCGCUUCGACCCGAGAACACAGCGUUUCAUUCGUGCCUUCGUCCUCCCGUUUCAAACCGACCCACCACCGACAUGUCCUCGCCGAAGAAAGGAGACUUGUCCCCCAGCGAGAAGGAGUUGUUUGAGGUCAUCACUGCAGGAAAUGUUCAGGAGGCCUCGAGGCUGCUGGGAUGUAAGGAUGUCAGAGUCAACUGCUUGGAUGAGUACGGGAUGACCCCGCUCAUGCACGCAGCUUACAAAGGAAAGGCCGACAUGUGCAGGUUGCUGCUGCAACACGGAGCGGACGUGAACUGCAAUGAGCAUGAGCAUGGAUACACAGCGCUGAUGUUCGCGGGGCUGUCAGGGAAGACUGAUAUCACAUGGAUGAUGUUGGAUGCGGGGGCGGAAACAGAUGUGGUCAACUCUGUCGGAAGGACCGCCGCACAAAUGGCUGCCUUUGUCGGGCAACACGACUGCGUCACAGUGAUAAACAACUUCUUUUCACGCGCCAGGCUCGAUUACUACACGAGGCCGCAGGGUUUGGAGAAGGAGCCUAAGCUGCCGCCCAAACUGGCCGGCCCCCUCCACAAGGUCAUCAUGAGCACCAACCUGAACCCUGUCAAGAUGGUGAUGCUGGUGAAGGAGAACCCCCUGCUGGCGGAGGUGGAGGCUCUGGAAAAGUGUCGCCGGGUGAUGGAGCUCAUCUGUGAGAAGUGCAUCAAGCAGCAGGACAUGAACGAGGUGCUCGCCAUGAAGAUGCACUACAUCAGCUGCCUGCUGGGAAAGUGUGCCUCCUUCCUCAAGAACCGUGAGGACAAGCUGGAUGGACUCGUCAAGAGUUUGCUGAAGGGUCGGGACAGCGAUAGUUUCCCCGUCUAUCAAGAGAAGUUCAUCAGAGAAUGUAUUCGCAAGUUCCCUUACUGUGACGCGACUCUGCUGCAGCAGCUGGUGCGGAGUAUCGCCCCUGUGGACAUUGGGAAUGACCCCACAGCUCUGUCUGUGCUGACUCAGGCCAUCACAGGUCAGGUCGGCUUCAUGGACGCAGAGUUUUGUACGUCAUGUGGAGAGAAAGGAGCCGAGAAGAGAUGUUCCAUCUGUAAAAUGGUGAUCUACUGCGACCAAGCCUGUCAGAAGAUGCACUGGUUCACCCACAAGAAAGUUUGUAAGAAGCUGCAGGACCAGAGAGAGAUGCAGGAAGAAGAAGCAGACAGACUCAGGAUGCAGCAGACAAAAGACGAGAGUGACGCGGUGCAGGAGGCAGCGGACUCCAUACAGGAGCUGUCAGUGGAGAGCAACAGUGAGCUCGCUGCCUUGAACGUCUCCAAAGCUUCAGACACCACUUCCACCGCAGCUGCUGACAACUGAGGAACACGUAACCGUCGCUGUCAGCCGCCACCUUCUCCAGAAAACAUCCAUACUCCACCGACAGAGACAACGACCCGGCAGCGAGACCCGACGCCAGACAUGGACUGGUCCGACAGGAGGGAGGAGCCUACAUAUUUAUUAUGGAGCUGAGACUGUCACACAGGCAGGGAGACACUAAAGCCUCUGAGGAAGGUUUGUGACACAGCCGCCAUAUGUUUGUCUUUUUUUAUGUUUUCUGAUAAUAUCGUCAUAUGUGAAUUUGAACACUGUUGUAGGCUGAUGUUUGUGGUAGAGGUCAGUGGGAGGAGUCAAGGGUUCAUAUCCAUGACAGAGCGUAAAUCUGCCUUAAGAAACUAUAGCAGCCUGUGUGGGGAAUAAAGUGACUGUGUAGCCAAUCAGAGCUGAUGUUUGUUCACAAUUUACUUGAUUUGUUAUUGAUUCGUUGUUUUUUGUACUGAUAACCUCGUGGUAGAUUGUGAGAGGAUAGUAUGGCUGCACACUAAUGACCAAAAAUGUAUAUUUUUAAAGAUGAACGAUAUAAUUAUGGCUUUAUUUUGAAAUUGAUGGAUGACGUUAAUGCUCAGGAUUUUCGAAAUUUUUCAUUUUGCUGCAUCACCUGUCACCAAAUGUUGUUGUACACAGCACAAUAAAGAAACAUCAUGUUCAUGACUUAGAAACAAAACUCUGUGAUAAUCUUUCAUUAUUUUACAGCCUGAGUGAACAGAGAAGCUAAACAUGUCCAACAAGACUCUGUGUGCCCUGAAUAACCAUUAAAUAAAGACCAUCCUCAUCA